AUGGGUGCGUCUGCUUCUACUUCUGCUGCUUCUUCCCAAGUGAAAUAUGAAGUUUUCAUCAGCUUUAGAGCUUCAGACAUCAGAUUUGGUUUUCUCAACAAUUUGACCACGGCGUUGCGUGGAAAGCAGAUAGAUGUCUAUGUGGAUGACAGGCUGGAGAGAGGAGAUGAAAUAUCGUCUGCACUUGACGAAGCCAUAGAAGGAUCAGUGAUUGCAUUAGUGAUAUUCUCUAAAGAUUAUGCUUAUUCAAAGUGGUGCUUGCAAGAGCUUGUCAAAAUCAUGGAAUGUAAGGCAGCAAAUCAACAGAUUAGGUUCAAGGAUAACAUGGACAGGUUGAAAAUGUGGAGAUCUGUCUUGAAGAAAAUCGCAGCCUUAUCUGGUCAUCAUUCAUCAAAAUUUCAAAAUGAAUCACAGCUCAUUGAUGCAAUAGUCCAAGAUGUCCUAAAAAAAUUGGAAUAUAACAACCCAGAUGUGCUAAAAUCCCAGAUUGUUGGAUUCGAUCAAAAUCUCACCAGUGUUGAAUCAUUAAUGAAAACUACGUCACAAGAAGUUCAAGUUCUUGGUAUUUGGGGUGUUGGUGGGAUAGGCAAAACAACCGUUGCUCGAGUUACAUUUGUCAAAUUCUCUUCUCAAUUUGAAAGCUGUUGCUUCAUAAAAAAUGUGAGAGAGGAAUCAACCAGGAUCAACGGUUUGAGUUAUUUGCGUCGAAAGCUUCUUUCUAAGCUAUUAGACCAAGAUGAAGACCUCCCUAUAAAUAUGAACGAUGCAAGGAGAAGGCUGUUGCGGAAAAAAGUCUUGAUUGUGCUUGAUGAUGUGUCCAAUUCAAAGCAAUUAAAAGAUCUAGCUGGACAACAACCUUACUUGGGACCUGGCAGUAGAGAAAUGGUUGAGCAAAUAGCUCAUGUGGAAUGUAUGAAACAUCCUGCAUUAUGUAGCCAAUUAAAAGAUGCAGAUGAAAUUUGUGAUGUAUUAGAAAGUAACAUGGGAACUGAUAAAAUUGAAGGCAUCAUAUUGGAUUGGGAUAGAAUAAGACAUUUAUGA